GCUAAAAUAAGGCACUCGACUUCCUAUGCUUAUGCUUUGGUCUUGGGACACCGGGCAGCAGCCUCUGCAAACUGGUGUUCUGGAGCUUCGAGGUUGAGAGCACGCUUCAACUGCUUCAAGAGGCGCUUCUACCGCUGGUGGAGGAGCGUCGGCUAUAGGAAGAAGCAGGACGAGGGCAGACCCGCGGAAGCGCGUUCAGGACCUGGCAGGAUUACGCUGUUUCCUUGCGAACCUAAAAGAAACAGCCAGGGGAGGCUAGACUGAAGGCUCCUCGGCUUGUGGUGUUCCUGUCGUCGUUUUACCUCCCGUUCAGAAGGAGCAGUGCCGGCACAUCGCGUGUUUGGAACAGCUACAUCCCCCAUCUCUUCUUAAUUUCUACAGUAUCGCCGCAUUAAAGAGGUCCAUUGUCACUGGAUGGCGUGCGUUGGAGAUUUGGUGCUGGGGGCAACCGGUGAUGGCUUGGGCCAAGAUGUUCCAGGGCUGGCGAUGGCCGCGACUGCCGGCCGCAACAUACGGCGAUGGCAACCGCAUUCCCCUCCACCAUCAUCAACAACCGCAACAGUAACAGCAUCUUCGGGCAAACAUCGCGGUUCUGAUGCCCUCAUGGCUCCACCUUCACCACAUUCGUUCAGCGGCGCAGGCGUUGUUGACAUCGGCGCUGGAGGCCUGACUUCGCUUGGCCCCAUGGGAUUGCCGUACGGCCAGCCGAGUGGCAUUGGCAGCAGCACCAACGACAGGCGGUUGGUCGGUGCCAGUCAAAAGGAGGGCCCGGAGGUCAAACCUGGUGGUUGCAAGCCGCGGCCUUCAAGCCGCGACGACGGUGCCUUGGACAGCUUGAUUCUUCCCUUUGCAGUACGCCAGAGCGUGGUAACGGAGUCGCAGGAUGUGGUUGGCAGGGCCCUCAUAUGCGGCUUUCCUUCAGGCAUGGGCGGCGAUGGCGGGGGCGACCCUAGCUGCGGAGGGCGGCCUGCUCUGCAUCCUGACAGGGGCCAUCAUAGCCAUAGCACCGGAUCUGGGUUUGGAUCCGGAUUUCCAUCUGGGUCACGUGGUUACGGCAACGUCAGUACGGCCAGGACAAAAUCUCCUCUGCCAGCACGAGGUGGCAGCGAAGGUAGCGGCGGCGGAAGAGUUGAAGGGUUGUACGGCAGGGAGCCUCAACCUAGCGGCGGCAGCGGCGCCGGGGUUAUGCCAGCUAGCAUGGACUCAAUCCGAUCGUUGUUGGCUGCUGGCGAUUCCCUUGGGGGCUUGGGAAUGGGGCUCGGGUCGCUUGGCGGCGGUGGCAGCAUCAGCGGUCUGGGUGCGGGGCCGUUGGGUGCGGCUGACAUGAUUGCUGGCGGCGGCAACGGCGGUGCACAGCUACAGGCGUUGCUGUCGCAGCUAAACAGCUCCAAUGGCUACGGAGCCGGCGGGCAGUUGCAAGCCCUGAUGUCGCAGUUAGGCGGCGCCGCUGCCAGCGGUGUUGGUGAGGGCUCGUCGCCGCCAUCAGCAGCGGCGACGUUGGCGCUGCUGCGCAGCCUGCAAGGUGGCGACGGCGGCAGCGGCGGAGGCAUGCCCUCGCAGCCCACUUCCGUACAGCAGCUCCUAGCGCAGCUGGCGGCGGCGAACGGCGGCAGCGGUGGCGCCAGCAGCUUGGGAGUAGACGCAGCGGUGUUGGCGGGGCUGCUGAAGACGGAACCUAGCGGUGGCAAGGUGGGUGCGCCCCCCUCCAGCGGCGGCCUGACGCCACAGCAGGUGGCGUUGCUGCAACUCUGUCAGCAGCAAGGGACACCUCUGACGGGGGGUCUUGGGGGCAGCAGCGGUCUAGGCGCGGCUAGUAGCGGCGGUGGCGGUGCGUUGACAGGUCUGGGCAGCUUCACACUCUCGGACCUGCCAGGCGGACGUUUGAACCCUGUUUCCGCGAUGUCAAUAGCCCGGGACAGGUUACAGCAGUUACAGCAAGGGCUUGAAGUGGGUGGGGGUUCAGACGAUGUGGACCGCCUCGCAGCGUCAGCAGCCUCCGCUAGGGAUGCUCCUGCCGGUGUAAGCGGCAGGGCAGCCGCUGCUGCUGUAACCGCUAGCGGCCGGCCGUUGCGCACCGCAAGCGCCGAGUUUGGCUACGGCAGCAGCAGCGGCGGUACCAGCAAGGGGCCCACCGGGUUACAGCUGCUCCGAAACCUAGUCAGCUCUGGAGCCGCUGGCGCCGGCGUCGCGGGCCUUAUCAACGGCAGCAGCGGACUAGUGGAUCUGGCAGGGCUUAGCGGUGGGGCUGCCGUACAGCUGAUGGAAGACCUGGAGAACUUGGGCUUUGUGACGGGCGGCCAGAGCCGUCGGGGCGCUGCCACCGGCGGCGGUUGCGGCCGGUUGGGUGACACGGCGGCUAAGCUGGCGGCGACGGGGGCUUCGGAUGGUAUCAACACGACGGCAGCAGGUGCGCCAGCGUCGUCGCUUCCAGCGGUUCUGAGGAGAUCCAACAAGCGUCCUGAAAACGGCAGUCUUGCGACCCAAAUCCUAAAGCGUCAGAAGAUGCAGGAAGUGGCUGCGGCAGAGAUGGCGGCGGCCGCUGCUGCGGCGGGCUCCGCUGCGGCGGCAGCUUUAGGCAGUGGCCUUUCGGGCGCGGGAUCUGGGCUUGCCUCGGACACCGGAAUCCUGCUUGGGACAGCCGGGUCUGGGUUGGGCGGUAGGUUGCUAGGAGGCACGUCAUCCCUCGCGGGUCUGCCGUCGUCGGCAAUGCUGGCUGGCAGCGCAUCCCUCGGCGGUGUUGACGGCAGCGGCCUAAGCGCCGCGGCGUUGGCAAACGCCGUGGCGGCGGCGUCAAGGAAUGGUGGCGGCGGCGGUGGCAGCGGCGUCGGGAUGUUCAACCCUGCUGGCAACGGGGGGCUGCUUAGGCUGCCGGGGCUACCAGCCGCCGUCAGCGGCGGUGGUAUUUUCGAUGGGGGCGGCGGCGGGGGCGGGUUGCUGCCGUCGGGUGUUGCCGCUGCCGCCGCCAAUGUGGCUCAGCUGCGAGCUGCCAUGGCUUUAGGAGGACACCUGCCCGGUACGACAGCCGCGGCGCUGCUGGCGGCCGUACGGCAGUCGCGAAGCGGCUGGGGAUUGACGGUGCUGCUUGGGCGGCAUAUCCCUAAGAAGCACAGGUCUCGCCGUGUGGCUCGUCCCACGGGGCCCUUGAAGCUCCGGAAUAUAAUGAAGGACCUGGGCGUCCACGCGCCCACGCAACAGAAGAAGCCCUCUCAUGCACCACAACAGUACUCCCGGGAAAGUGAAGACGAUGACGGCAACCAUGACCGCGCCAGCGGCGGCGGUGCCAGCAGCAGGAGCAAUGGCGUGGUCGGUGCCACCGGCGGCGGCGGCGGCGCACCUGCUCAUUACCCGCAUCCCAUGGGUCACCCGCUCGGAAGGAGUCGGACGUUCCCUGUGGCGGCUACACUGCCGCCGGCGGGACCUGCAGCCGCUGCCGUACAGCCAUUUCCUGUCGGGGGCGGUGCCGCCGCUGGUGCCAUCACACGUGCGUCACCAAUGGCGCUAGUGGCGGCGGAGGACGCCGGCGCCAGCGCUGCAAGCCCCUCCACCAGCGAAGUGCCCAACCGGGCCGACCCGAGCCGGAUUGAGGUGGUGGCGGAUCCCCCGCGGAGGACUCCUCCGCCGCUUCCAGGGAUUACAGCGGCGGCGUCGCCGUCGCCGCUGCCGCCGCCGGGCUCCUUGGCGGCGGCGACGGCGGCAGCAGCCAGUCGGAUCGUUGCCGGGUUGAGAAUGGGCGCCAGUGGCGGAGGCGGAGGCGGCGGUGAAAGCGGUAGCAGUCCGACACGGGACCUUACUUCUGCGGCCGCCGCCGCCGCCGGGACCUUGGGUGCUGACGCAAGUGGUACCGCAGCGGCGACGGCAGCAGCUGUCGCGGCGGCAAUGCGCGCCGCAGCAGCUGGCGCGGGGCCGUUAGACAUGGCGGCAUUCGCGUCGGCGUUACAGGGGUUGGCUAGCGGUCUUGCGGCGGUUGGUAAGACGACCGGCGUGGCCACGGUGACAUCGACGACGGCUGCGACGGGUAACGGUAACAUUAACGGCAAUGCCAACGGUGGCCAACGAACAAAGGCGGCUCCGGCGCCAGGGGCGGCGGCGACGGCUGCUGCUGGUAGUGGGAAGGGUCCAGCGCCGCCGCCGCCGCCGCCGGCGGCUGCAGCAGCACCUACGGCCAAGAGUCGGAGAAAGGGCGGCGCUCCAGCUCGUGCUGCCGACUAGCGUCACGCUGCGCAGCAUUGCCUUGGAUGACUUUCAUAGGGCUGCGAAAGAGUCAUACUGUCGGUAACCGUCCGUACCAAACGAUUGUGUUAACACCGUCAUAACUCUAAACCUAUGAAAACACAUAACGCGUUGGCGGCGCUCAUACUUCAUCAAAUCCAAUUGUGUCUAUAUGUGUGUAUCCUUGCCAUGCCAUUGUUAAACCUUUGCGUUUCGUUGUCUUGCGGGGUCUUCCGCACUGCGUGGAUGGGGUGCUGUGUGCAAGCCUCGCAAGUGGUUGCUGCGUGUAAGAUGGCAUGUCGCUGCCACGGCUCUUGCCACUGUUACCUGUACCCUUUUGCCCUGCUAUUGGCGGUUGUCGGCGGUGGUAAAAGGCUGUUGGCGAAGGCGACGGGCGAAUGGGAUAAUAAAGUUAGGGCCUACGGACACGCAAGCGUUGCAGUUUGGGUCUUGCGGUUGGCUUGGAGUAGGUGUAGGGUUUGCCUUUAGGCGUUGGGCCUGGUCUUGUGGGCCUGCGUUUAUGUACAGCCGAUCCCAUUUCCCGUUCUUCAUCAUCCUUCUCUCUCCUUGGGUUACCUGGCUGGUUGGCAUGGGGCUCGAGCGGCCGGCAUUUCAGGCUUGGGUGGCUUGUUGUAGGGUCCAGCUUGGGGGCCUGUUUUAAUGGCCGGUGUUGGAGGCCCACUGAACAGUUCGCAGGAAAGGCGAUAUGUAUGUGCAGGAAGAUGAGCGGAACGCUGCCAUGUAGAUAGAGUACAAACGUUGAGGCAUCGUGCUUUUAGGCGAAGGGGGGGCCGGCCAGGGGGUUUUUCGGGUGUUAGGUCGUCUUGCGCGGGCAACUGGGGGCAGUUGAACGGAGACAAUGCAGGAUGUGUGGGUUGGCUAAGCCCUGAAUGCGCAUGUGCGGGGAGGGCAUGGCAUGGUGUGUGAGGUGGUCAGCAAAGUGGGAGCUGUCCCGUGGGUCUGUCGGGCUUGGGCAGGGCUGGCUUGGCGGCUGCAGUGCAUAUACGUACUUUCCAGGGUGUGAUGGUGGUGCGACAGUGUAGCGGGCACAUGGAGCAACGCGGGCAAAGGAGUCACGUGCUCGUGUGUGACGAGGUUCAAACUUAUGAACGCAAGAACUAAUGAGCCACGCGCGUGUGUGUCGGUCACGUGUGUGCGGUGAUGUCUUUGCUGCGACGGUUGAACAAAUGUGGGUACAACUGAGAAACGCAUCUCUGCACACUGUUGUUAUAGAUGACAGUCCUCACGCAUGUUUUGGUUGUUAGGUUGGUGGAUGUGCUCUAGUUAGCGGCCAGGAUAGUGGCCUUGAUCUCUAGCGGUUAGUGAGCAGUAAUGUUAGCAGUAUUAACUAUUGGAAGCAUAACCAGAGCAGUUUAAAGGGUUUGCACCCUUGUAUAACUUGUUAACUUCGUCACCGUAAUGCUGGCGCAGUAUUGGUGUCAGCAGGCCCUUUCGUACGGCAUGCCGUGUUGUUUUUCCUUUGGGUAUUUGGAUGCCAUACCUACCGUAGAUGGAUGCUGUUAGCCGUGUCCUGGCUUGUCCUUGCAAGCUGUUUAGGAUUAUACGCAACAGGGGGAAGUCGGUAGUUGUACAGCUUUGUGGUUGUACGGCACAUUUUGCCACUUUCGUACAGUCGGACGCGCAGCAGUGCCUCCUGCGCUGCACACCGCUGCGUUGUGUGGUGGUGCUGUAAUGCGAGGGGAGGGGUGUGCGUGGGAUACCGGUAUCAGCCAAUGCACCGUCAAUAGAACGAGGCAAGAACUGAGCUAUGUAAGUGGUCAGGAGGCUUACGGGACUCAUACCGAUAUGCAUGUUAGGGUUCUGCUCAUUAGGCGGCAGUAACUCCUAAUCUGUUGGAGGGGUGUGAGGUCCACAUCAGAGACAUGAAGACCGGGUCUUCAAGGUGUUCCAUGCGAUGUGGAGUUGUCUUGGCUGCGGAUUGUGUGUUGCGGGUUUGUGUCUGGACGAAGGAGGCGCACCAUUAGGUGACCAUUGUAACACUUACACGGCAGG